AAUGUGCCUGUUUUAAUCUAUAGUUGAAUGACACCUUGAUGGUGGAUAAUUUCGAGUACCUGGCACUAUCUGGGACAUCAAAACACUAGACAGAGCAGAAAGAAAGGUCACGGAGAGACUAGAUGGAGACCAGAUGCAGAUGGAGACAAGGUGAACUAGAUGGAGACACCUGUCUCCAGACAUGUCUGGAUAAAGACACGUGACUGGAGGGACGUGUCUUGAAGGAUAACAGCAAGAUUGACAGAAAGGUUUUAUCAGACACUGAGACCACCACAUGGUUUGGGGACAGUCUGUCGGUAAGAGAGGUGAGAGAUCCUCGCUGAUAAUGAGCACAAAGAACAGCUUGGAGAUGAAGGUUGAGACGGUUUGGACUUGACCUCAGAAAAGUGGUGGUUUUCUAGGAAAGGCAGGAGGAAAAGCGUGAGAGCUCAUGAAGGUGUAGGUAACCGUAACAGUAGAGGUAUCCAACUGGAUGAAGACAUGGACACUAAUUAUGUCCUUUAUUUGUUUUUGUCUGUCUCUAAUCGCAUUAACUGGACCCAUCACUUCAGGUGCAUGACUGUCUCUGCCACGUGAGGAAUGAAAUCCAGACUGACGGUCAGCACAUAUAACCUCAGUGGACGUCAGUGGACCACUCAACCUGUCCUAUUAACAGCUCAUUAAUCCGAUCACCUGCAGGUUUGACUGGAUUACAGGCAGCGAUUAGACCAAAGUAGGACACAAUGGCCUCGACCCCAAACGCAGACACCUACAAGAAGACUUUUGUUCUGCUGCAGCUCGCGCCUUCAGUCCAGUUGUUGUGUGACUGGGAAGUGGAGCGGACCUCUGCUUCGCAGUAGACCAAUUUUGGACUGACGGGUCGGUCUGCCGGCUGCAAGUUUUUCCAGAUUUGAAGAAAAUGGGAAAUUCAACAGGAAGCACCAUAGAUGAACUGCAGGCGGUGGAGAUGCACCUGUGGUACAAGAAGUUCAUGACGGAGUGUCCCUCUGGGCAGCUCACCCUGCAUGAGUUCAAGCAGUUCUUCGGGCUGCAGGGUCUGGACCCAGAGGCCAGCGCUUACAUCGAGCAGAUGUUCAGAACCUUUGAUAUGAACAAGGACGGUUACAUCGACUUCAUGGAGUAUGUGGCAGCCCUGAGCCUGGUGAUGCGAGGGAAGAUGGAGCACAAGCUGCGGUGGUAUUUCAAACUGUACGAUGUGGAUGGAAAUGGCUGCAUUGACAGACACGAGCUCCUCAACAUCAUAAAGGCCAUUCGUGCCAUCAAUGGAAAUGAAAAUGAUGAAACUUCAGCAGAGGAUUUCACCAACCGUGUGUUUGACAGGAUUGACAUAAAUGGAGAUGGAGAGCUCUCUCUGGAGGAGUUUGUGGCCGGAGCUCGGGGGGACAACGACUUCAUGGAGGUGAUGAUAAAAAGCCUGGAUCUGAGUCACAUCAUGGCCGUGAUCCACAACAGGAGACAGAGCGUUUGAGUCCCAACUAUCCUUCAUUUCUGACUCCUGAUCUGACCCCAGGACCUCGGUGUGUCGGCCUGGGAUACGACGGUCGUUUAUAGGCAGAGAUUUCUAUUAAGAUUGAGGACACUGUAGUUUCACAUGACCAUGGUAUAUAUUUUUUUAAAAUUCAUAUCUGAAAAACUAAACUGAAAACAACAAAGUGAAGCACUUUAAAUCCAUCUGGAUGACUCAGUCAACUUUGCCUACCAGCCUUUGUCCUUGUCUAAUGAUGUUGAGAUUAUUUAGGCCUCAUCAGUGUAAGAGAUGAUCCCCUACGGCCACUUUGUCUCCCAGACACCUGCGAGGAACAUCUGAGGGAGAGACAGAGGUAGAGUGACUAUCACAAACAACACCAGUGACUUCAACAAUUAACUGUUUUAUUAUUUUAAUCCCUUUAUUCUGAAUCUGCAUCACAUUACUCACCCCUUCUUACCCACAGUGACCUGUGCAACAUGA